AUGGCAAAUCUUUCUAAACGUGAAUUUGCUGCCUUGGAUAUAUCUAGCAAAAGCUACCUGUCUUGGGUUCUUGAUGCCGAAAUUCAUCUUGAUGCGAUGGGUCUGGCAGAUACCAUCAAAGAUAAAAAUCAGGCAUCGAAUCAAGACCGUGCCAAGGCAAUGAUAUUCCUCUGCCAUCAUCUUGAUGAGAUCUUGAAAGCGAAUAUCUCACUAAUUAUUUCUCAGUUAAAAUUAUAUGGUGAAAAUAUCACUUAUCAUGAUAUGCUGGAGAAAACAUUCUUCACUUUCCCUGCCUCGAGUAUGCUCCUGCAGCAACAAUACCGAGAAAUGAGAUUCAAGAAAUAUUCUGAACUAAAUUCACAUCUUCUAGUGGCUGAACAACAUAAUGAACUAUUAAUGAAAAAUCAUGAAAAUCGACCUACUAGUACUGUCUCAUUCCCUGAAGUGAAUGAGGCAAACUUUCACCAUUCUAGGCAUGGAAAAGGUCGUGGCCCCAGUCGUGGUCAUGGCCAUGGUCGGGGAAGAAAUUUUAAUCAUGAUAGCCGUCUUACACCAAAUAAUACCCUUCACCAUCAGCAGUGUAAAAAGAAGGAUGAAAAACAUGAAGUUGUGAAAAAGAAAAAUUCAGAAAAUAGACGCUACCGAUGUGGAGGAAAGAGGCACUGGUCACGUACCUGUCGUACGCCAAAGCAUCUAGUUGAGCUUUAUCAAGCUUCCCUCAAAAAGGCAGAAAAGAAUGCUGAAGCAAAUUUUAUUUCUGAAGAUAAUGUUGAGCCCAUGCAUCUAGAUGUGACAAAUUUUUUUGAGCUCCCUGAAGGAAAAGUAGAUCAUCUGAUCGGUGAUGGAUCUUUAAUAUCUUAG